UACAACAGACACUACACAUGCAGCCACAACUGACACUACGCAUCCAGACACUAUACAUUCAGCUACAACAGACACUUCUUAUCUAGGCACUACACAUGCAGCCGCAACAGACACUACACAUGCAGCCACAACAGGUACUGCACAUGAAGUUACAACAGGCACUACACAUGUAGCCGCAACAGACACUACACAUGCAGCAAUAACAAGCAUUACACACGCAGCCACAACAGACACUAUGCAUGUAGUAACAACAGACACUACACAUGCAGCUAUAGCAGACACUACUCAUGCAGUCACAACAGACACUACACAUGCUUCCACAACAGGCAUUGCCCAUGCAGCAACAACAGAGACUACCAAUACAAUCACAACAGACACUACGCAUGCAGCAACAACAGACACUACGCAUGCAGCAACAACAGACACUGCCCAUACAGUCACAACAGACACUACACAUGCAUCCACAGCAGAUACUCCGCAUGAAGCAGCAACGGUCACUACACAUGUAGCAACAACAGACACUAAACAUGCAGCAACACCAGACACUACACAUGCUGCCACAACAGACACUACACAUGCAGCCAAAACAGAUACUACACAUGCAGCCACAACAGACACUACACAUGCACCCACAACAGACAGUACAUACGCACAUACAACAGACAUUAUCCAUUCAGCAACAACAGACACUACCUAUACAGUCACAACAGACAGUACGCAUGCAGCAUCAACAGGCACUACCCAUAAAAUCACAACAAACACUACACAUGUAGCCACAACAGACACUACACAGGCAUCCACAACAGACACUACCCAUGAAGCAGCAACAGACACUACACAUGCAGCCACAACAUUCUUUACACAUGUAGCUACAACAGACACUACCUAUGCAGACACAACAGACAUUUCACAUGCAGCCAUAACAGACACCACACACGCGCCCACAGCAGAUACUUCAUAUGCAGCAGCGAAACACACUAUACAGGCAGGCACAACAGACACUACUCAUGCAGCGAAAACAGACACUACACAUGUACCCACAACAUACACUACAGAUGCACCCACAACAGGCACUACACAUGCAGCCACAACAGAUCCUACCCAUGAAGCAACAACAGCCACUACACCCGUAGCUACAACAGACAAUACACGUGCUGCCACAACAGACACUACACAUAGAGCCACAACAGACAUUACACAUGCAGCCACAACAGACAUUACACAUGCAGCCACAACAGACGCUACACACGCACCUACAACAGACAUAACCCAUUCAGCAACAACAGACACUACCCACACAGUCACAACAGACACUACACAUGUAGACACAAUAGACAUUUCACAUGCAGCCACAACACACACCACACAAGCACCCACAGCAGACACUACAUAUACAGCAACGAAAAACACUACACAGGCAGUCACAACAGACACUACUCAUGAAGCAAAAACAGACACCACACAUACACCCACAACAGCCACUACAAAUGCACCCACAACAGACACCACACAUGCACCCACAACAGGCACUUCUCAUGCAGCAACAACAAAAGCUUCACAUGCACCCACAACAGACACUUCACAUACAGCAACGACAGACACUACACAAGCAGCUACAAAAGACAUUACUCAUGCAGCAACGACAGACACCACCCAUACACCCACAACAGACACCACCCACGCAGUCACAACAGACACUACACAUGCAGCAACAACAGAUACUACGCAUCCAGACACUACGCUUGCAGCCACAACAGACACUACACAUGCAGCAACAAUAGACACUACACAUUCACAAGAGAUCACCUCAGGAAGUAUCUCGCUGGUGAGCACGACCUCCGGGACGACAGAAUCGUUCUACACCGUCUCACCUAUGAGCUCUACGUCAGAACGGACAACAACUCCGCCGGAUGAGUUCACCUGCAGGUGGGACAAUAUGACUGCGAGCAGCAGUGGAAUCAUGCUGCGGGACCCGUCACGCUGUCUGCACGUAGAGUGCUGGCACACCAUGUACGGCGCCUUCAUCGACGUCACAAUCGUCCAUGAAGCAAGGGGAUGUUGCGAGCUACAAAAUAACGAAAUGGUGCCAACUGGAUACGUCACAAGCACAAAAGGAGGCAGAAAGAAGCGCUGUAUCUUCGGCAAAUGGCACACUCAAUAUCUCGAUGCUGCAAAAGGCAUGAAUGCGAGCCAGGCGUUAUCAUUCAAGAACAAGACAUACCACUUCUUCCCGAGGAUGACUCCGAUCGAUGAGGCCUUGGAAAUAUGCGAGAAGAUCAACGGCACACUGGCGGUGCCGGACAGCCGCGAGCAGGAGCUCGAGCUGGGGGAGCUGGGAGCCGAGGGCUUUGGUGGACAAGCAACGUUUUACGUUAACCAGGACAAGAUUCAACAGCAUGUUCUGAACCUAGAUGACCAAGGGGGUCAACAUAACUACAUCGUAUACCCACACGAUACAAGGAAAAUGAUGCAAAUAAAUUUGAACAAGCCAGAAAGUGACUACGCUAUCCGAUCAUCUGAUGAGGACAUAGAACGACUAAGUGUGCCAAUAUGCGAGGAUGGCGGUGCAGACGAAACUAUUCCAGAAUACUUUACCAAUCUGGUGAGCAUCGGAACUCUCAGCGAACAAGGCUUACCCAAGGAGGCUGCCUACUGGGCCAUGCGUCAUGACAAGGACGCCAAAACGCUGGCCAGAAUGCAGGAAUGGCGUCUGCCACCGGUGCCGCGUAAAUUCCAAGAAGGACAUACCAACAUCGGCAAGGAACUUAGUCGCUGGGGGCCAGGGGUGUCGAUUUUUCAAAAUGGUUGGGGGUGCUCAACCCCUGCACCGGGUGACAGAUUGCAGCUUUGCCAUGCGGCACAACCGUACAAAGCGUGGUUGGUUAUCCCCAUAAGGUACUGAUAAUGCCGGGAUUUCUAUAUACUAACAUUUCCCAAGGGCAGAACGUUCUUCUUGAAAAUCAUUCUGCUCGUCCUAGUACUUGGCUACCUGAUUACAUAAACAUCUUUCCGAAAAAAAA